AUGUGGCCCAAUAGCAGCUCCAGUUUCUUCCUAUUGACAGGUUUUCCAGGCUUGGAGGCAGCUCACCACUGGAUUUCCACAUCCUUCUUUUUUGUCUACAUCUUUGGUGUUUUCAGCAAUGGCACCCUCCUUCUUCUCAUUAAGGAAGAUCACAAUCUUCAUGAGCCUAUGUACUAUUUCCUGACCAUGCUAGCAGCCACAGAGCUCGGGCUGACCUUAACCACAAUGCCCUCAGUGAUGGGACUGCUGUUGUUGGACCACAGGGAGAUUGGAAAUGUAGCCUGUUUUUCUCAAGCCUUCUUUAUACAUUCAGUUUCCUUUGUAGAGUGUGGUGUUUUGCUUGCUAUGGCCUAUGAUCAUUUUAUUGCCAUUUGCUAUCCUCUUAGAUAUACCUCUAUACUCACUAAUACACGAGUGGUGAAAAUUGGGUUGGUAGUGCUGACAAGAGGAUUUGUAUCUGUUGUCCCCCCAAUUUUACCCCUCUAUUUUUUUUCAUAUUGCCCUUCCUGUGUCCUUUCCCAUGCAUUCUGCCUUCAUCAGGGUAUCAUCAAACUCGCCUGUGCUGAUGCCACUUUCAAUCGGCUAUAUCUAGUUGUGCUUGUAGUAAUAUUUGUGCUGGAUUCUCUGAUUAUCCUCAUCUCCUAUGUGCUGAUACUCAAGAGUGUCCUGAGCAUUGCCUCCAGAGAGGAGCAGGCCAAGGCCCUCAACACUUGUGUGUCCCAUAUCUGUUGUGUUCUGGUUUUCUAUGUCACAGUGAUUGGAUUGUCUUAUCAUAGGUUUGGGAAGGAGGCUCCACAUAGUGUCCACCUCAUUAUGAGCUAUGUCUAUUUUCGGUUUCCUGCACUAAUGAAUCCUAUAAUCUUUAGUGUCAAGACCACGCAGAUCCAGAGUGGCAUUCUUCGUCUUUUUACUACCCAUAUAAUUCACACCUGAUUUCUGGACAUC